AUGAAGUUCCUUCUGGGCUCCCUUCUUCUGGGUCUCGCCUCGGCCAGCGUCAGCCAUGCGCCUAUCUUGACUGGAGCGUCUGUUGAAACCCCGCUUACCACAUUCAAUCUCACCACUGGCGCCAAUUGUGCAUGCCGCACUCUUUCACGCACUUUUAGUGGCGUUAUCUUCCCGCGUGACACUAACUACUCUGCUGAGACCGUGGAGGCAUACUGGGACGUUCGUACUGAUUUGUCUCCUGCCUGUGUUUUCCUUCCUGAGACUGCGAAUGAGGUGGCGCACGCCAUCAAGGUGCUCAGCUCCUGUGAUGCACAGUUCGCGGUUCGCGGUGGAGGGCAUAUGUGUUACCCCGGAUCGAACAACAUCAAUGGAGGCGUCCUUAUGGGUCUUUCCAAACUGAACAGCUACAAAGUCCACAGCGAGACUAUCGUAGUCGGACCAGGUAUGACCUGGUACGAUGUCUACUCAGCUCUUGACCCGUACGGCCGUGCCGCUGUUGGUGGUCGCCUGAAAACAAUUGGUGUCCCCGGAUUGAGUCUUAUCGGCGGCUGGCACUACUUCAACAACAAAUGGGGAUUCGCCAUGGACAAUGUGCUCAGUUACGAUGUUGUCCUUGGAAACGGAACACAAAUAACGGUCAACAAGACCCAACACUCUGACCUCUUCUGGGCUUUGAAGGGUGGCGCUAACAACUUCGGCAUCGUGACCAAAUUCACCUUGAAGACCUUUGAUGUCCCUAAGAUCAGCACGACUAUCCAGGCUUACAAUGAGAGUGGGAUCCCCGACUUCCUGGAGGCGGUUUGCCAUGCGGCAAAGCUCGACGAGCAGGAUCCUAUUGCAGCCGGCAUGGUGGCUUCAAUCUCAUACAAUGUCACUACUAAGGCUGCGUCGGCUUCGUUGCUUGGUGUCCAGGAGGGCACCGAGAGCCCCCCGUCUCAAUUUGCAAACUUUUCUGCCAUUCCGUCAACCAUGAAAAUUGAUAAAGUCCAGACCAUGAAGACAUGGGCGCAGGCACUAGACUCGCCUAAGCAGAUGUUCCGUGUCAUGUAUUCUCACAAGACUAUCAAGCCUGACCCACAAGUUCUUUACAUGUUCUAUAAGAUCUGGAAGGAAGCGGUGGAUGAAAUUUCCGAUGUUCAGGGUCUCUACCCCACAUUUGUGACCAACGUGCAUGCGCCUGGCGCUUCUCGAGUUGGAAAGACCAAUGGAGUUGGCAAUGUCUGGGGCUUGGAAGCAGAGCCGUUGAUUUUGUGGCAAUUCAGCACUGGCUGGGCCUUAGAGCAGGAUGAUCUUCGCGUUCAAGCAUGGUCGCGCCAGCUCACAGAGAAACUCCAUGCUAUUAGUGUUGAGAAGGGACUUGCCUCCGACUUCAUCUACAUGGGAGAUGCUGGAGAGUGGCAGGAUCCUUUCCUAGGAUUUCCGGCUGAGAACGUCCUUCGCAUGAGAGAAAUCAGAUCGUCCUAUGACCCUAACGGCACUUUCUCCCGACUCAACUGGGGAGGCUUCAAGCUCGGUGUCUAG